AUGAGCGCUCUCCUUGGAGACGCGCUUUGCUGCUACUUGAUUACAGAAUCUGAAGGACAAACAAACCCAGUCUUUAAGGACUACCUCCCUGGUUCUUCUGACCUGCCGGAGCAGGACAAGCCUGCUGAGCCUGCAGACCCGUGGAAGCAAGACUCACACACGCAUAAUUUACCACCUGGACUGGAAUACCUGAACCAGCUUGACCGGAUCAUUAUUCAUCAGCAGGUGGAGCUCCUUGAAGCCAUACUUGGCACAGAGACCUGCAGCAAAUAUGAGAUAAAAAACCAUUUGGGACAAAGAGUUUACUUUGCAGUGGAAGAAAAUGGUUGCUUCAAUCGUAACUUGUGUUCACCUAUAAGGUCUUUCACCAUAAGGAUUGCUGAUAACUCUGGCCGAGAGGUGAUUACAGUGAACAGACCCUUGAGAUGCAACAGCUGCUGGUUCCCUUGCUUCCUGCAAGAGUUAGAAGUUCAGUCCCCACCAGGUACAGUAGCUGGUUACGUUGUACAGAACUGGGACCCAUUUCUGCCUAAGUUUACAAUACAGAAUGAAAGUAAAGAAGAUGUACUAAAAAUAAUUGGCCCUUAUGCAACUUGUGGCUGUUUUGAAGAUGUUGACUUUGAGGUAAAAGCCCUCAAUGAAAUGUCAACGAUUGGCAAAAUUUCCAAGUACUGGUCUGGAUUUGUAAACAAUGUCUUUACCAACACUGCCAACUUUGGGAUCCAGGUUCCAGUAGAUCUUGACGUGAAAAUCAAGGCAGUGAUGAUCGGUGCAUGCUUUCUCAUCGACUUAAUGUUCUUUGAAAACUCUCUGGAUGGCUUAUAACAAGAUGACAGAAACAAUAAAAUAUGCAGAAUGUGUUUCAAAAUCUCUUGAGCUUUGGACAUGAUUUUGAACUGCACAAAUCCUUGUUCCUUAUAGGAAAAGAAAGGGAGCUAAUGAUGCUGUUUAUUAAAAUAUAUCUCUUGUAAAUAAUAAUUUCCCACUUAUAUUUUACAUGCGUUGUAGCUAAACAUAUACUUUUCCCACAGAGCACUGUUCCUUUGGAACAGUGCUAUUCUCUUCUUUCUCUUUUGAUCUUCCUGCAUGGGAAAUCAUGAAAGAUUAGACGAAGGCUUGCAGCGUCACUGAUGAAAGUCUCUGUUUAAAGAACUCUUUGAUGCUCUGUGAGUGCUGGUACCAGUUACUAACCACAUGAGGGUGUGUUGUGAGGGAUUUGGUUUAGCUUUUUCAUAAUUUUAGAAGUCAUUUUCUGAUUUGUUAUUUAAUUAAUAGUAACAAACUGAGUUUGAAAGCAACAAAUAUAAAGACAUCACCCAAUGGGAAGUUCAAGAUGGUAUCUAUUUCAGUGAGUUGAAAGGAGGGAAGUGAUGUUUGCUUGCAAUUUAUUUUAUGGCAAAGAUUUAUUUAAUGAGCUGUGGCCAGAAAUUAGGCUUCCAAUAGUAGAUGGGGGAACUUAAACUCCAUUCAGAAAAUGUGGACUUUUGCUGCCUGUGUUGAAGGCAGGCAGUGUGGUUUGAGAGAGUCCCCUAUGUGCACACGAAUCACUUAACUUUUGACCUAUCUAAUGUGAAGCAUUUGUGCUCAUAUCCACUCAAGAAUUUCAUUAAAAGGUUUUUUUUUUU